AUGUCACUGGCUAUGGAUGAAACAGCAGGGGACCUCCCAGUGAGGGAUGUGGGACUACGUGGGGGGCUUCCACAAGGUGAGGAAGAGUGUAGAGAUGUGAUGCCAUGGAGGAGGCCCCAGGUUCUGAAGAUAAGAGAUCGCGGGCGUGUGUUUCGCCAGUCCAGAGAGCAGAUAGAGGAGCAGUGCCUUCGGCUACAGGAGGAGAACACUCUGCUCAGACAUCACUGUCGAACCCAGGACCACCGCCUGCGCAGGAUGUCGGCCAAACUGCUGCGCCUGAGGGAGGGCCGAGCCGGCAGCUCUGGCCUGCGGGAGGCGGAGCUAGAGGAGACGGUGCAGGACCUGGAGGGGCGGGUCUCUGCCCUGGAGAGCCAGAAGAGGGCGCUGCAGAGCAAGCUGAGCCUGGCCCGGCAGCACAUCCUGGAGCUGGGCAGCAGAGCCACCACCCUGCCCUACAGAAACAAGGGGAGGGGCCAAGACACAGAGGGCGGAGUCAGGAGGGCAGCACAAACAGCUCCUCCCCGAUAUGGGCUGGGCUCCCUACAGAACACCAGGGAAGAGACAGAGAGACUCAGGUGUAGUGUGAUAGAGACGCAGCAGGUAAGGAUGGCAGAGCUGGAGUCAGCGGUUCAGUCACUGCGAGACGCACUCAGAGAGAAGGAGAGGGAGAUUGAGGACAGCAUGAGAGAACUGAGGAGACAGCAGGCGGAUGGACACAGGGUGUCAAUAAGAGAGAAUGUGGACAUGAUUCGCCAGCAGAAACAGCUUUCAGAAAAGAGCGCCGCCCUGCUGGUCAUCCAAGAGAAGUUCACUGUACUGCAGGAGGUUUAUGAGGCCCAGCUGGAGGAGAGCCAAAGACCACUGAAGGAGAGUCAAGAGGCCUUGCUGACAAAGGUAGAGGAGCUAACUGAGCAGCUGAAGCAAGAGAGGCAGAGAGCUCUGUGCCUUGAAGGACAGCUCACCACUGCCACCUUCUCAACCCAAGCCCUGGAGGAGCUGCAGGAGCGCUUGAGUGAUGUAGCAGGAGAGAGGGAUCUUCUAAGGCAGAGUUAUGACAGGCUGCUGGAGAGUACACUGAACACACAGAACCAGCAGAGUGAGCAGAACGGCAGGUGGAGAGAAGGAGAGAAAGGGCUGGAGCAGAGCUGGAGGGCAGAGCUACAGCAGCUUGAGGAGAGGCUGGAGGCGGAGCAACAGGAGAGAGAGAGGCUAGAGGAGGAGAAGGAACGGAUGCGACAGGAGAAGAAGAGAACUGAGGAGGAGAUCCAGAGGGAAAGAGAGACUUCAGACUCACUGAAAGAGAAGCACAGUUCCCUUGAGCAGAAAGUUUUACAGUACAGAGAGGAAGUGACAUCACUGCAAGAGAGACUGGAUUCCGUUACAAAGGAGUUUGACAUGAGCGUGGAGGAUUUGAGUGAAACUCUUCUUCAGAUCAAGGCAUUCAGGCUUCAGAGGGAGGGAGAGGACAAGCUGCAGUUCCUGCAGCCUGAUGGGAAGGUGGAGGACUGUUCUCGAGAGCUGACCAGCCUGCAGGCGUCACACGCAGAGACUGUGCUGGAGCUGCACAAGUGCAGAGACAUGCUACUGCUGCAACACCGCAUCAACACUGAGCUACAGGGGGAGUUAAAGACUGUGAUAGAGGGAUCAGAAGCAGAGAGGAAGGAGAACAGAAAGCGACUGAUAGAGAAAGACAGACUGCUGGAGAGAAGAGCCCAGAGAAUAACCACCUUGCAGGCUCAACUCAAGGAACUGGCCUACAGUCCAAAAAACUACAAACGGUCCAUACCACUUCAGUACACCUGGGCAGGGGGGGACAGAGAAGUGGCUGAACAAGUGGAGGAUGAUACCAUCUUUUCCCAGUUGCGGGGGGGAGAGUCUCUGCUUGAGAUCCACCUCAGGGGGGCUACCUUCACCCCCAAGGGGCUCCGGACCAUGGGAAGGGGGCGGGACGAGCCCGGGACCGGGGGUGAGGACAGAGGUCAGGAGGUCGUGACCUUCUGCACUUACUCUUUCCUGGACUUUGAGACGCACUCCACCCCUCUGGUUUGUGGGCCCCAGCCAAAUUAUGGCUUCACGUCCCGCUACCCCCUGUCAGCGCGUGACCUGGGGCAGGUCAGGGCGCAGGGGGGCAGGGUCAGGGUGGAGGUGCACCAGGCGCUGGGGGGGGUGCAGUUUAGGACCAGGGGGCGGGCGUGGAUCCCCCUGUCUGAGGCAGCAGAGAGUGUUGAGCAGCGACUGAAUGGAAAGGCAAAUAUUACAGGUGCAGCAGGGGAAAUUUUGGGGGUGCUGGAGUACUGGGUGCACCUGUACCCCCCAACGGAGCUGAGGGACACACUGGCUGACAGACGGACAGCCGCACCCACCCUCUCUCUCCACACUUUGACCUGGGAGGAGGGAGUGACUGAGGAGCCCUUUGACUAUGGCGGAGGGAUACCUAAUGAAUUGGAAGUGGUGUUGGACCGUUGUGUGGGCCUCAGUGCACAUUGGCCGGGACUACUUCCGGACACCUACCUGCUGUACCGCCUGUACGACCUGCCCCCCCACGCCACUCCCACAAUCCCCGGCAGCGCCGACCCGGUGUUCGGUGACGUGGUGUCCUACCCCCUGGCCGCGACCCCAGACCUGCUGCUGUACCUGCGGGGGGGCAGUCUGUGGGUAUACGCCUUCGACGACAGGGACGACCAAACUGCCAGCUCCUAUCUGGCCAAAACCCCCAUCCCCCUGCGCAACCUGGCCACGGGACGCCCAAUCAGAGGUGACUAUGUGCUGAGAGAUGCAGGCGGCUGCCCCCAUGGCAUGGUCAGAGUGUCUCUCCGAUGGAAGUACCCCUUCCAGCCUCCGCAGGUGCUGCAGAGCACAAGGGAGGGGACUGAAUCCCCAAAAACCGCAGUUGCCAAACCCAGGGAAGUCCAGUCGCCAGAGCAGGAAGUGGAGGAGGAAGUGGAGGAGUUGGUUGUUGAAGGUCUGGAAGAGGACAGGAGUGAGAAAGCUCCUUUGGACAACGAGGUUACUGAAUCCAGUGAAUCACAAGCUUCCUCUGGCAGUGAUAUCAUCAUUGUACCAGACCCUACAAGAGUUGCUACAAAGGGGAAUAAACUGAGAGUGGAAAUCCUUUCCCUGUCACUUGACCCCGCCUCCUGCGUUGCCCUCGACCAGUCAGUGCAGCGUGUCUAUGUGGAGUACCGCCUCCUGGGCGUUCCCAUGGAAACCACUGAGACUCCCAUAUCUCUACGGAAACCAAUUGCAGGAGAGGAGAUACAUUUCAACUUCAUACGAGUGAUCUAUGUGGACAGUGCUGAAGCAGCCCCUCUCAGACAGUACCUGUACACCAUGAUGGAGGGCACUGACCCCAACCAGGGCAGGUUAAAGUUUACAGUUGUGAGUGAACCAAUGGAUGAAGAGGAACAGGAAUGUGUGGACAUUGGCCACGCUUACCUGGAUUUGAAGGAAGUGCUGCUGACAGGAAGUGAUGUCACAGAGCGCCAAUUAGACAUCAUGGGUGUGGGUGAGGAAGAGGAGGACACGGUGGGGAAGCUGAAGGUCUCGCUGGAAGCAGCUUGGGCCCUGAAAGAAAUCUACUGGGAGCAUCACGGCCACCGACAGAGAGAGGGAGAGACUGAGGAGGACGAGGAGGAGGAGGAGGAGGAGGAGGAAAAGAAGAGAGGAGAGAAGGAACAGACCCAAGAUGAUGAUGAUUUUUUGAAACUCCCAAUAUUUGACUGA